AUGCUCGACCUUCCCGCACCACAUUCAUGGUAUCCUGGCCAUAUGGCGCGCUUCGCGCGUAUACUCCCUGCUCUCCUCAAUCGCACCAACGUUGUUCUAGAAGUCCGCGACUCUCGUCUGCCGCUCACAAGCAUCAACCACAAGCUAGAACAUGCAAUUCAACGAUGGAGACUCGAGCGGGGAUGGGACCCCAGUAACCCGGAUAGAAGGGUGUUCAACAGCAUGGCCUGCGAACGGAUAGUCGUCUUCAACAAACGAGAUAUGGUUCCAACUUGGGGACUGGAGCCAUUUCGCAAAGCCAUGUCGAGUCGGUUUCCGGGCCAGCACAACGUCUUUGCGUCGUGUCAGCAGCAACGAGAUGUGAGGAAACUCCACGAAAUGCUAGUGAGCAUAGCGGGCAGGUACCCAUACGCUAUGGAAAUGAAUGUGCUUGUCGUCGGGAUGCCGAAUGUUGGCAAGUCAACGCUGCUCAACUCCCUCCGAAGUUUGGGAAUCAAAGGGAAAACUGCGAAAGCACUUCAAACGUCAGCCAACCCGGGCCUAACUCAGGCCCUUUCAACGAGGCUGAAGCUAUCUGUGUCACCACCGGUAUAUGCAUUCGACAGCCCCGGCGUCAUGCUUCCCUUCCUUGGCCAUGGUCCAGAAGGCGCCGAGAGAGGGGUCAAGCUUGCUCUAAUUGCGGGCAUUAAGGAAGGACUAUACGACAUCGAAGCUCUUGCCGCAUACCUCCUCCAGAAGCUCAACACGCUCAAUCCCGCAUCACCCGCGUACCUGGCCCUGCUCCCCCCAGGGACAUUACCCGUCACCGAGUUGGACGUUUUCCUAGACAUCUUGGCAGAGCGGAUGGGCAUGGUCGGCAAGGGCGGUGUCCUGGACAGGCCAAGGGCUGCACUCUAUUUUGUGCGCUGGUGGCGUGGAGAGGGCGGCCUAAUUGCUGCGUCGACUUCGUUCGUGCCAGAAGCUUCGCCUGCCCUGCCAAUAGGUGCUGGUGGCGCCGUUAUCGAGGCACUAGACUCGCGGGCCCUGGUCGAAGUGACCACCAAAACCGGCCAGCCCAUCGCCCCGCCUGGAUGGGGCUUCGAUUUGGAGUGGGAUUUGGGGUCCGAUGAGCGACUACCUUCGCCAGAGGUUAUACAAGCCAAGAUGGAGGGCUGCAUCGACCGAUAUGUCGCCCAAAUGGCGGUGGAGGAGCAGAGCGAUAACAACGUCAGCGUGAACCAGCGCAGGAAGAUCGUUAUCGCAGAGCGGAAGGCGAAAAUUGCGGCCAAGGCGAAAGCCAUGACAAAGGCAAAUAGGGCUGCAGAGGCGAGAAGACGGCGGCGCUGA